AUGUCAGCAGAACGAACUGUUGAUAUUAAUGCAGUUUUACAAUCCCUUUGUUUAGCAUUGCCUGUAGAUGGUAAAGUACAUCAGAGGUUAUGGUGUCCUAAUUUUCCAGUGGAUUCUAAGUUCCAGAGGAUAAUGUAUUUAAUUAAUGCGGAAAAAGUUCAAGGAGUUUUUCAGAUUAUUAUUAAAAUUAUCAUCAUUAAAUAUUUAUUCUGUGAUUCGGCUGAAGCAAGACAUUCAUCUCAUGGUGAAGCUUCAAAUCGUUUUGGGUAG